AUGCUCGAGGAGGGGAGAGAAAAACCUUGGCGCCGCCUCCGCAGCAGCUACUUCUCCACUCUCCCGGCCUCUGUCCGAUGGCGGAACCGCAUCCAGAGCAGCCGCGUCGUUGCCCUCGUCGCCUCCCUCCUCCUUCAGAGGUGCCGCUGGCAGCCCUUCCUCGAGGAGCUCAAACCGAAGCUCCGAGAAAGCUUCUCCGCCGACCCUAACCUCCUCUUCCUGGUGCUCGCGAGGUCCAAAUCCCUCCCUCAUGCGGCCCUCGGCUUCUUCCAAUGGUCCGAGACUGCCCUAGGGCUCCAGAUGGACCUGCGCUGUCGCUGCAAGAUGGCGCAGAUACUGAUCGACGGCGGGAUUCCGGCGCCGGCAAGGGGCGUGAUGGCGCCGGCUAUCCUGUGCCACACGACGAUGGAGAUCCUCGACGCGGUGGGAUCCCUGACAAGGCGGAUCGAGGAGUCACGGUCGGCGUUCCUCGGCUUCCUCUUCGAGGAAUACGCACUCUCGGACAGGAUUCAGGAAGGUCUGCUGGUUUUCCGGCGAUUUAGGGCCACCGGAUGCAGGCCAAGCUCCCGAACCUGCAACGUGUUCCUGGACAGAUUGAUCUCGUCGGGGGAGAUCAGACUGGCGUCGUGCUUCUAUGCUGCGGUCGUGCGAUCUGGUGUCGCGGCGGACUCCCGCUCCUGGUCGCUACUCUGCCGUCUGCUCUGCGAGGAAGGAAAGCUCGAGAUCGCCGCGGCGAUGGUGGAAUCUUCUCCGUCCUGCGACGGCAAGGUCUUUCAUCUGAUCGCAGAUCGCUACUGCAGAAACGGUGAUUUUCUAUCCGCAAUACUCCUGCUAAACACAAUGUACGAAAAGGAUCUGAGACCAGGGUUAGGAAUCUACGGCGCCAUUCUCGAAGGAGGCUGCAGACUCAGGAAUACCGCCAUCAUUAGAUCUUGCUUGAAGGAAACGAUCGUUCGAGGUCUGCUGCCGACUGCUCCGGUCCUCGAUUACGAUUUGAUCAUUCAGAGGCUCUGCGACCUGGAAAAGACCUACGCCGCAGAGUUCUUCAUGGAGAGAGCUCGAUCUGCAAAAGCCAGCCACAGCAAUGGCACCUAUCUGUGCUUGCUGAGAGCCCUCUCUGCUGCAGGAAGGGUGGAGGAAGCCGUCGGAGUCCAUCGACAAAUGAUGGAGAAGGGGGUGAAGGUGAAUCAGAGUUGCCUGAACGUGUUCUUCAGAGCUGUCUGUCAGGGGGAAGCUUCGGAUGAAGGCGGCAUGGCGAUCCGAGACCUGAUCGGGAAAGGGUUCUUACCCUGCGUCUCGGACAUUUCCAAAUUCAUGGGGAAUCUCUGCAGAAAAGGAUGGUGGAAGGAAGCAGAAGAUCUUCUGAAUCUGGUUCUAGGGAAAGGAAUUGUUCCCGAGGCAGACUGUUGCUCUCAUCUGAUUCAGAAUUUCUGCGCGAAUAGGGAUCUUGAUUCGGCGAUGUCCCUGCUCGAGAAGCUGAGAGCAGGUGGGGGAGGUCUGGAUGUGAAGUCUUACAACCUGCUCCUCGAUGAACUCUCCAUGGGGGGAAGGUUGACGGAGGCCAUUAUGGUUUUCGAUCACAUGGGGGAGGAAGAGGCUAGGGAUAGCAGGAGCUUCUGCAUCAUGAUCUCUGCUCUCUGUCGUGGGAGGGAGCUGAGAAAGGCUAUGAACCUUCAUGACGCGAUGAUGAAGCUCGAGCUCAAGCCCGAUGAAGAAAAAUACAGGCAAAUCAUAUCUGGGUUUGCCUAAAUUCUCACAUUUUUUUUGCUUGAUAUAUAUAGAAAGAAACCCACAACCAUAUAGUUUCUGCAUUUUUUUUUCUUGGAAUCUCCUUGAAAUUCCUCAACAUUCUUUUCCUAAAAUGUGCUCAUCAAACUCUAGACUGCUGGCUGCUUGUACAUCGAUUCGGCUGGAUUCGAAUGAAGAUGAAGGAUGAAUCGUGUAAAAAUAAAAAAUAAAAAAUAAAAAUCUUCAGGCAUUUGUUAUAUCUUGCAUUGGAACACAUAUGAAAGGCUCCUGAUCUUGCUGUUGUUAUUAUUUUUCUGUGCUGCGCUCAGAUUUAUUUGUCAUCGCUUGCAUUCAGUUGGAUUUCUUCUCCGACAUUUAAGCAAAUGCUUCAAGAUUUAUCAUGUUUCCUCUUUUUUUUUUUAAAUUCGAAGAGUUUAGGCUUGUCUUCUUGAUCUUGUUGCUGAGAUUAUUUUUUUUUUUUCUGCGCCCGGUUUUUAUUUAUCAUCACAGUUGACUUUGAUCGCCCUGGCUCUCUUCCAUUUCUUCAGAUCAUUUCGAUGGAUUCCUUCUCCAAUAUGAUCAUCUGUCGUCAUAUUAUAAUCGGAUUAAAAUGUAUUUUAUGCAUCUAUAAAUAUAUAAAUACAAAAAGUUGUAGAUAUUCAUUACUUUUAUGAAGAUUCGCCCAUUUGACUUGAAUUAAUCGUCGCCAAAAGUCGUUCAAGAUCUGACAAGUAGAUAAUUUCUUGAGGGGAGUAGAUGGGUCAACGCAUGCCCGAUCCGAUGA